AUGUUUCCAGGGUCAUGCUGGGCAUUCAGUGCUACUGGUUCAUUAGAAGGUCAACAUUUCAAAAAAUACUCUGCACUGGUUUCCCUUUCCGAACAAAAUCUCGUUGAUUGCAGUGGUAAAUUUGGUAAUAUGGGUUGUUCUGGAGGUUUAAUGGAUCAAGCCUUUGCAUAUAUCAAAGCUAACAACGGAAUUGAUACUGAAGUCUCGUACCCAUAUGAAGCACGUAAUGACGUAUGUCGUUUCAACCCAGAAAACGUUGGUGCCAAUGAUACAGGGUAUACGGAUAUCAAGAGUGGAAGUGAAGCUGAUUUACAAGCGGCUAUUGCAACCGUGGGACCCAUCUCGGUAGCUAUAGAUGCUAGUCACGGUUCAUUUCAAUUUUACCAUUCAGGUGUAUACAAUGAACUCCAGUGCAGUUCAGUAUCAUUAGAUCAUGGUGUGUUGGCUGUCGGCUAUGAUACAACAGGUACACAAGAUUAUUAUAUAGUCAAAAAUUCAUGGGGAACAUCGUGGGGGAAUGAUGGUUAUAUCUGGAUGACUCGUAAUAAGAACAAUCAAUGUGGAAUUGCCACAAUGAGUUCCUACCCACUUGUUUAA